UAUACAUGAAAGUUAAUCCUGAAAACCCAAGUCCGUAGGUUUUGAAUUAGGUAAAACAAGAAUAGAAGUGGAAAAUCUGGUAAGAUGGAGAGCUCCGGGGAGUUGGUUGGUUUUCCAUUGUUGGUAAAAGCAAGUUACAGAGCAUGCACUAUCCCCUAUAGAUUUCCUGGUGAUAACCCAAACAAACCAACUCUUACUGAGCUCUCUUGGAUUCACCUCUUCCUCAAUUCCGUUCCCUCUUUCAGGAAACGAGCCGAGACUGAUUCCACCGUUGCUGAUGCUCCUGCAAGAGCCCAAAAGUUUGCACAAAGGUAUACCGAGAUACUUGAGGACUUUAAAAAAGACCCUGAAAGUCAUGGUGGGCCUCCCGACUGCAUUCUUCUUUGCCGCAUCCGUGAGCAAAUCCUUAGAGAGCUGGGAUUCAGAGAUAUAUUCAAAAAGGUUAAGGAUGAGGAAAAUUCGAAGGCGAUCACAUUAUUUGAGAUGGUUGUUCGUCUUAAUGAUGACAUUAAGGAUGAAGCUAAGCGUGUAGAAAAUUUGGUUAGAGGAAUCUUUGCGGGCAACAUAUUUGAUCUUGGUUCUGCACAGCUUGCGGAGUUAUUUUCAAAAGACGGAGUAUCCUUCCUUGCCAGUUGCCAAAAUCUUGUUCCUCGCCCGUGGGUCAUAGAUGAUUUGGACAACUUUGUACAGAAAUGGACCAGAAAAACUUGGAAAAAGGCUGUCAUUUUUGUUGAUAAUUCUGGUGCAGACAUAGUUUUGGGUAUAUUGCCAUUUGCAAGGGAGUUGCUUCGUCGAGGGACUAAGGUCGUGUUGGCAGCCAAUGACCUGCCUUCUAUCAAUGACAUAACUUACACUGAGCUUAUUGAGAUUCUGUCAGAGUUAAAGGAUGAACAUGGUCAGCUUGCAGGAGUUGAUGCAUCCAAUCUUCUAAUUGUGAAUUCUGGUAAUGAUUUACCGGUUAUUGAUCUUGCAAGUAUAUCACAGGAACUGGAAUAUGUAGCUGGUGAUGCCGACCUAGUAAUACUGGAAGGAAUGGGCCGUGGAAUAGAGACGAAUCUUUAUGCUCAAUUCAAAUGUGAUUCCCUCAAGAUUGGGAUGGUGAAGCACCUUGAGGUUGCACAGUUCCUGGGAGGAAGGCUCUAUGAUUGUGUUUUCAAGUACAAUGAUAUUUCAAGUUAAUGUAGUAUUCUUAAGUUUUAGCGGUACUGCAUCAGUUAUCUAUCUUAAUUGUUUUAGCAAUCGAUCAUCUUUGCAGAAUUUUUCAUCUACUGUAAUACACAAAAAAGCGCACCUUUUAAAAUCUCUAAAUACUCAGGGGCUCCUAUUUAUUGGGUAAA